CCAAACACCCCCAUAACCCCCACACUUUCAAGUUUCCUCCAUCGAAGAGAGAAGAUGAAUAUAUUCAGAUUAGCAGGGGAUAUGACCCAUUUGGCCAGCGUUCUGGUUUUGCUUCUCAAGAUCCACACUAUCAAAUCCUGUUCUGGUGUUUCCUUGAAGACUCAAGAACUCUAUGCUCUUGUCUUUGCAACCCGCUAUUUGGAUAUUUUUAUUACCUACGUCUCGUUUUAUAAUACUGUGAUGAAGUUGAUAUUUUUGGGUAGCUCUUUCUCAAUUGUUUGGUACAUAAGGCGCCACAGGGUUGUUCGGAGAUCAUAUGAUAAGGACCAAGACACAUUCCGCCAUUUAUUCCUUCUGCUCCCUUGUCUUGUUUUGGCCCUGGUUAUAAAUGAGAGGUUCACUUUUAAAGAGGUGAUGUGGACAUUUUCCAUAUAUUUGGAAGCAGUUGCCAUACUUCCUCAACUGGUGCUGUUGCAAAGGACAAGAAACAUUGACAACUUAACAGGGCAAUAUGUUUUCCUUCUUGGAGCAUAUCGAGCAUUAUACAUAUUGAACUGGAUUUAUCGCUACUUUACUGAGGAACACUAUGUCCACUGGAUAACUUGGAUUGCAGGGAUUAUCCAGACUUUGCUCUAUGCUGAUUUCUUCUACUAUUACUUCCAGAGCUGGAAGAACAGCGUAAAGCUCGAGCUACCAGCUUGAAAGGGUCUUACAUGUCUACUGCCUGUCAAAGUUUGCAAGAGGAUACUUGAAUCAGUGGUAUUUUGUAGAAGCUUCACAUGUCCUUUAAUUUAUUUAUUUUCCCCUUUGAAUCUGUGGUAGUAUUUGUUGAUCCACGACAAAUAUUCAACGUUGUCAUUAAGCGGGGAUUGGACUUGUAAAACUAUAUUACUCAGUUUGUAGCACAUCACUCACACUCUCCACCAAACAGUUUGUAUGGAUAGUAUUUUAAGAUGAAAAUGUCAUAGUGCAAAAUUUUUUAGGGAA